AUGAUGGUGCUCUACGUUUUGCGUCUUGGGACUUGUCUGCAGUCGGUGGAGUUUGGAGAAGGAACCAUUCUCAUUGUGAAAGGUUCAGAGUCCAACAGUAAGACAGUUGUACAUCAGUCUGUGUCUAAAUCAGUCCAGCCAGGAGACUCUGUGUCUCUAAACUGUACAAUACACACUGAGACCUGUGCAGGAGAACACAGUGUCUAUUGGUUCAGACAUGGUUCAGGAGAAUCCCAUCCAGGAAUCAUUUACACCCAUGGAGACAGGAGUGAUCAGUGUGAGAAGAGACCUGAGGCUGGGUCUCCUACACAGAGCUGUGUCUACAACCUCCCCAAGAGGAACCUCAGCCUCUCUGAUGCUGGAACUUACUACUGUGCUGUGGCCUCAUGUGGGGAGAUACUCUUUGGGAACGGUACCAAGCUGGACAUUGACCAUGGUUGUAAGGAGGACCAUCUUCUGUUCAUGUAUUGCCUGGGCGUAGCAUUUGGUCUGUGUGUCAUCCUCAUCAUUGUCCUUACUUGUGUUUUGUACAAGAUGAUCAAGUGCAUAGGAACCCACCUUCAGCCAAGUACUCCUGCAGUCCCCAGUCAUUAUAACCAGGAUCAAGAGCCUGUUACUCUCCAUUACGCCGCUCUGAACGUCGUCCACAAGAAACCAAAGGCCGGGAGACAGAGGAGCGCCAUGGAUACAGACACUGUGUACUCUGGUGUGAGACGCCAAAACAUGGACUGA